GUAGCUAAUAUUUUAAUGACUAAUUACAAUGCACUAGUAUUUAAUGACUAAUUACAAUAUCCUAAUAUUUUUAAUCACUCUAACAGGAAGGGACAUUGGAAUAUUUGGCAAUAUUUGGAAAAUGCAAUGGAUUUGAAGUAGGAAUUCACCAGUCUGGAAGAGCACAACAUUGUGCAAGGCAAGAGGCGAUCUAGGUCUGAGCUUAUAUCGUUUGGAAUUUCUAGGUUUGUCACCAAUCUUUUCCUUAUUUUGAUAUUUGCUAGCCCCAACUAAUAGUAUGAGAAGGAAAAUGAUGAAAGAAGCUACUAUUGUUCUUUUAUUCAAACUGACACUGUAUCAAAUUGACGUUAGCUAGCAAUAUUAGCUAUUGUCUUAGAAAUGAUGUCAGGGAGGACAGUUCUAAACAUAUUUUAGAGUAUGGCUGAUAUCAUUUGAUAUGAUUUUAAUAAUAUUCGUAUUUUAAAUAUUUCAACACAGGAUGAUAUGUAGCGAGUGGUGGAACACGUGACACAUUCUUAUUGUAUGAAAAGCAUGCAGGAGCUGUUGAUGACAUUUACGCCGUUCACUGGAAUCCUGCAUACUCGAGCAACUCAAAUUUUUGUAAUGGUGAAGUUCGGUGCAUAAAGUUAGUCAAAAGGAUAAUGCAAAUCUGCAGAUUGUAACAGGUAGUGACAAAAGAUUUAUCCAUUUUAGUUUUAAAAAGGCUAGCAGCAAAAGAAGACCAAGGGUGUAUCCAGAGCGCCAUUAUGAAUAUGUGUACUAUGCUAAUCAUCUCCGACCAGAGGAUCCAAGGAUUCCGAGUACAUCUGAUGAUGAUGUGGAGGAAGACAGAGGCUGACAGAAAUGUGAUGAGGGAAGGAAAUUUUGAAGUGGUAGUGGAGUAUGAGGAUAAGGAGGUCAGGAAUGUGGAAGAUCCAAAGUUUUAUCAGAUUAGAGAAGAGACUAGAGCUAUACUGGGCAUCAUUAAUAGAGGAGAUAAUCCACCAAAUGACCAGAUCAAGCAAGAAUUAUCAAGCUUCUGUGCCAUUUGGUGGAUUUGGUGGCCUGUAUGCUGUUACCUGGUUCAUUCGUUGUCUUUAUUGAUAAUUUUUUCGCACAGAAGCUUGAUCUGGUCAUUUGGUUGAUUUUCUCCUCUAUUAAUGAUGCACAGUAUAGCUCUAGCCUCUUCUCUAAUCUGAUAAAACUUUGGAUCUUUCACAUUCCUAACGUCUUUAUUCUCAUAAUCCACUACCACUUCAAAAUUUCCUUCCCUCGUCACAUUUCUGUCAACCUUUUUGUCUUCCUUCACAUCAUCCACAUCAUCAUCAGAUGUAUUCGGAAUCCUUGGAUCCUCUGGUCGGAGAUGAUUAGCAUAGUAUACAUGUUCAUAGUGGCGCUCUGGAUGCACCCUUGUUCUUCUUUUGCUGCUAGUCUUUUUAAGACUCCAAAAAUGGAUAAAUCUUUUGUCACUACCUGUUGCAAUCUGCAGAUUUGCAUUAUUCUAAAAAAAGAUCAUACUGAAGUCAUUAGUUAAAAAAGUAAUGAUCAAUUAGCAAUAAGAGAAAGAAAUCAAAAGAAUCCUAGUAAGCAAUGAGCAAAUCAGAAAUUUCUUUUAAUUAUUAUUUGUUUGUUUAUGUGAUAAGCUGCUGAUUAUUGCUUUGUUUGUACUGUCCUUAGAGCAAUAGGUUGAAGUUUGUUUUUGAUUUAUUGCUCUGGUUGAUAUGAUUUGUUUAAUUGUUUUGCCUAGAUAUUGCUCUUACUCUACUCCAACAAAAAAAGUGAAGAAUGUACCUUUGUACUAAACUUUAUGCACCGAACUUCACCAUUACAAAAAUUUGAGUUGCGCGAGUAUGCAGGGUUCCAGUGAACGGCGUAAAUGUCAUCAACAGCUCCUGCAUGUUUUUCAUACAAUAAGAAUGUGUCACGUGUUCCACCACUCGCUACAUAUCAUCCUGUGUUGAAAUAUUUAAAAUACGAAUAUUAUUAAAAUCGUAUCAAAUGAUAUCAGCCAUACUCUAAAAUAUGUUUAGAACUGUCCUCCCUGACAUCAUUUCUAAGACAAUAGCUAAUAUUGCUAGCUAACGUCAAUUUGAUACAGUGUCAGUUUGAAUAAAAGAACAAUAGUAGUUUCUUUCAUCAUUUUCCUUCUCAUACUAUUAGUUGGGGCUAACAAAUAUCAAAAUAAGGAAAAGAUUGGUGACGAACCUAGAAAUUCCAAGCGAUAUAAGUUUAGACCUAGAUCGCCUCUUGCCUUGCACAAUGUUGUGCUCUUCCAGACUGGUGAACUCCUACCUCUAAUCCAUUGCAUUUUCCAAAUAUUCCAAUGUCCCUUCUUGUUAGAGUGAUUAAAAAUAUUAGGAUAUUGUAAUUAGUCAUUAAAUACUAGUGCAUUGUAAUUAGUCAUUAAAAUAUUAGCUACUAAAUUACUUACUAAAUAGUAAUCAGAGACCAAGUUGAGAUGGUGAGCUGCAUUCCAAUUACACCUUUUUCACAAUCCCUGCAAGACAAAAAAAGUAGCAAACGCAAAUGUUACUUAUAAUGGAGAGUGAUCCGCCUAUCACCCCGGUGGUCCACCCUUCCUUGCAAAGUACAGUUACACAGGUUAAAACAUGUUCGCACUGCAUGGGUUCAAGUAAUGACAUCGCUGGUUUUCAUGAAACCGUGCAAACAUGCGUGACAUAGCUAGGAACUGGUCCGGUUACUAGAGCUAUGAACAACGAACAAUGUAACCGUGUACAUUUGGACUCCGGUAUAUGUGAACCAGAUGAACCGGAUCAAAACAAUGAAGAGGAGGAUCUGGAUUGCAGAGCGCCAGAUUGUGGCCCUGAUCUUGAUGAUUUCACAGAUGACGAAGCAAGAGUAUAUCAUGCUAAUGGUACUGGUAUAUAUACUUUCAAAGUGCAUGGACAGAUUUAUCACAGAUUGGACCAACUGAGACCGGGGAAAAAAGGCCCAUGUCAUAUGCAGUUGUACUUCUAUGACACUGAUGAGACCCUAUCACAAAGAAUCAAAAGAUCACCCCAUCUUGAUUCAAACUUGAUUAGGGCUAUUCUUCUAAUACUUGAGAACAAUCCGUAUGUUCGUGUCUUCAGGAGUGUGGGUCAGAUGCAAAAUUUGGACGAGUUGAAGCUUGAAUUGAACACCAGUGUUUCUGUUGAUCAGAGAAGAUAUAAUGCAUCUGCUAUGGACCAGGUUGCGGCUAUCUGGCAGGAUGGCUCUGAUGAAAAAAAAAACAAAUUUAAACGGAGUAUUAUGAUUUUUCCAAAUUCUGGGGGACCACAAUUUAUACGGGCAUACCAUGGUUGUUAUGAUCCGUUAGAGUACCCUAUCCUAUAUCCCGGUGGUGAGACUGGCUGGGAGGACAAGAGUAUAUUGUUGGAGGAAACACCUACAGUAUGCUUUCCGCGAACUAGACGGAAAUAUACAAAGCGAAAAUCUGAGGUUCAAGGUCUUUGUGAGGAACAAGGUGACUGUGACGACAACAUGGAUGAGGAUGGUGAAGGAGGAGUUCUAUGUCAUAUGGGUAUGCUUUACCGAUGCUUGAGCUCCGGCGCCUGGGUUAGGGAAAUUGCUGUGAAAGACCACAGCCGUGUGGUCUUCCUACGAAUUCUCACUGACUUUACGGACACAUCGUUUCGGAUGCUACUUAACUCAUGUGCGAAUAGAAGUUGUGUUAUAGCUACCAAGGUUAUUGUUGAUCAAUUCACUGUCGGAUUGCGUUCUUGCGCCUCGUUUGCGAUGCUGAUCCGAAAACUGGUUCGCUCUUCGCGGAGGCCGCUGUCAACAAUAGUAUCAUCAUGGCCACACGAGUACGUGUCAAUCGCGAUAGAAAUUCUUUAGAGGAGUCUUCGAAUUCAUCAAUUACUUUUAUCCAAAGCGGAGGGUACCCAUGUCUUGUACACCUUGAAGGAAUUCGGAGUGGAUUGCGAAUGGAAAUUGUGCGACAAGAUGGAAUAAAAAUUGCACUUGCUUCACGAGAUGAUGAGAUUAGAAAGUUAGAAUCAAACUCAUACAACUAUCUUUGGUGCCCCCGUUCGCUGCUGGAUGUGUAUGAGUACAUGCUUAAUGGUCUCCGACUCCAGGGCACAAAUUAGAUAUAAUAUAUGUUUACUUGUCGUGGUCGCAUCAAGUUAGAUAGUAGUGUUAACAUCUAUAUAUAUUUGGGUCUGCAAACCAAAUAUAUAUAAAUUUCAUUACUAUUAUCAGAGGCUUGUUUUCUGCUCCAA